GUUCACUAUAUAGAGAGCUCAGUGAGCUGAUCGCGGAGAAGCCACUUCUGCCAGCCCCGGCGCCUAUAAAUCGCAUUCCCUCCCGCGCCCCCCUUUUUAGCAUAUUUGAUCACUUUGAUUCUGCUCUUUUCUCUCCGCGGUGUGUGCGUGCGUGCGCGCGUGUGUGUUUUCUUCUCCUCCUCCUCUGCCGGAGUUGCCUCCUUUCUCCGGGUGCCGCGCAGCUCUUCCCUCUUUCAUUCUUUCUCUCCGUUUCUCCCCCCUCUGCGCACGAAGGAUGCGCUUCUAGGUGCUGAUCUGCCCUCCUUUCUCUCUUAUCAUCUCUCCCCCGCCGCCGGCGAGUUGACUCUUUCCCUAUGUGUGUGAGGCGGCGGCGGCAGCAGCAGCAGCAGCAGCUCCGGCGGCGGCAGCAGCAGCAGCAGCGACUCCACCGGCGGCGGCGGCGCUAGACGCGGCGGCUCCGGGCCCGACCCGGAGGCUUCGGCGGCGGCGGCGGCGGCCCGGGCGGCCCACGGGGAGCAGCGAGCGGCCUCCAAGAGCGGCGGCGGCGGCGGCGUCCGGAGCGAGCGCGGCGCGCGCCAGGCGCCCGGGGCAGGAGGCGGCGGCGGCCCAGCGCCAGGACGACGCCGCGCAGCGCCGGACGCGGACCACUUUCAUGCUGAUUCCCCCGGACCCGGGCAGAGCUCCGGCCACUUCGCGGGCCGCCGGUCUCCGCCCCGGCCUGCCUGGCCCCCAGGGCGCGCCCGCGCCCGGCGCCUCCGCACUCCCAGUCCUCCUGAUUUCGAUGGCUUUCCUGAAUGGCUGACUGUGGGCUGCCCUGGACUUGGCCCCCGGACAGUCGCCUCUCCUUCUCCUCUUCCUCCUCCUCCUCUUCCUCCUCCUCCAACUCCUCCGCUGCACACUAGAUCUGAGAGCGAGAGAGUGAACGAGAGAGGGAGAGAGGGAGGGAGAGUGAGAGCGAGCGAGAUCUUUGGAGAGAUUUUUUUUUUUUUUUUGGCCUCCUACUUCUGUCUUGAAGCCAGACAAUCGACUUGCAGCUCUCCCUCCCCUCCCUCUCUCCACGUUCUGCUCCCACUCGCUCUCCCCUGUCCUCUUGCCCUCCCCUCUUGACGGAAAGCCCCCCGAAACCAACAAAGCUGAGCCGAGGGAAACAAACAAAACAAACACACCGGGCCAGACAAGCAAUCGACAAAACUUUGCAAAAGCAAAAACAAAAAAGGAAAAACUAACCAACCUCAAUCAACUAGCCCUGAGCCACCCCGGGCGCCCUCCCGCGCCCUCUCGCACCCUCGCACACACAAAAGGCGGCGCGCAGGAGCCCGAGACCCGGGAGCCGCCGCCACCCCGCCGCCGCCCGCAGCCAGGGGAGCAGAAGUCCGGACGCGGCCCCCAUAGAUAUGGCAAUGGUAGUCAGCACGUGGCGCGACCCCCAGGACGAGGUGCCCGGCUCUCAGGGCAGCCAGGCCUCGCAGGCGCCGCCCGUGCCGGGCCCGCCGCCUGGCGCCCCGCACACGCCACAGACGCCGGGCCAAGGGGGCCCGGCCAGCACGCCGGCCCAGACAGCGGCUGGCGGCCAGGGCGGCCCUGGCGGCCCCGGCAGCGACAAGCAGCAGCAGCAGCAGCACAUCGAGUGUGUGGUGUGCGGGGACAAGUCGAGCGGCAAGCACUACGGCCAGUUCACGUGCGAGGGCUGCAAGAGCUUCUUCAAGCGCAGCGUGCGGAGGAACCUGAGCUACACGUGCCGCGCCAACCGGAACUGUCCCAUCGACCAGCACCACCGCAACCAGUGCCAGUACUGCCGCCUCAAAAAGUGCCUCAAAGUGGGCAUGAGACGGGAAGCUGUACAGAGGGGCAGGAUGCCGCCCACCCAGCCUACCCACGGGCAGUUCGCGCUGACCAACGGGGACCCCCUCAACUGCCACUCGUACCUGUCCGGAUAUAUUUCCCUGCUGCUGCGCGCGGAACCCUACCCCACGUCUCGCUUCGGCAGCCAGUGCAUGCAGCCUAACAACAUCAUGGGCAUCGAGAACAUUUGCGAACUGGCCGCGCGGAUGCUGUUCAGCGCCGUGGAGUGGGCCCGGAACAUCCCCUUCUUCCCUGACCUGCAGAUCACGGACCAGGUGGCCCUUCUUCGCCUCACCUGGAGCGAGCUGUUCGUGUUGAAUGCUGCGCAGUGCUCCAUGCCCCUCCAUGUCGCCCCGCUCCUUGCCGCUGCUGGCCUGCACGCUUCACCCAUGUCGGCCGACCGGGUGGUCGCCUUUAUGGACCACAUACGGAUCUUCCAAGAGCAAGUGGAGAAGCUCAAGGCACUGCACGUCGAUUCAGCCGAGUACAGCUGCCUCAAGGCCAUAGUCCUGUUCACCUCAGAUGCCUGUGGUCUGUCUGAUGUAGCCCAUGUGGAAAGCCUGCAGGAAAAGUCCCAGUGUGCUUUGGAAGAGUACGUCAGGAGCCAGUACCCCAACCAGCCAACGCGGUUCGGAAAGCUUUUGCUUCGCCUCCCUUCCCUCCGCACGGUCUCCUCCUCAGUCAUAGAGCAAUUGUUUUUCGUCCGUUUGGUAGGUAAAACCCCCAUCGAAACCCUCAUCCGGGAUAUGUUACUGUCCGGCAGCAGUUUUAACUGGCCGUAUAUGGCAAUUCAAUAAAUAAAUCAAUCAAAAUAAGAAGGGGGAGAGAAGCAGAGAAAGAAAAGGCAAAAGACUGGUUUUUUUGCUUAAUUUCCUUCUGUUAAGAAAGGAUGUUACAAGUUUGCUAAAAGAAGAGGGGAAGAAUUUAAUGGACUGUGAAUUUCAGAGAGAGAGAGACUGUCAAAUGAACUUUUACAGAAUGCAUUAAAAAAGAAAACUCCUGUGUUGGGCAGAACAACUUGCUACUUAUCAUUUUUUUUGUAUAAAAAGGAAAUUAGUCUUUUUUCUUUUUGGUAAAUUUUUGAAAAAUGUUGCUAAAAGUGCAUUUAAGGCGAUUGGGAGAAAAUGAGCAGAGUGGACAAAGUAAGUCUUUUUUUUUCCAAAUUAUUAAUUGUCCUAUGUCUGUGUACCUCUAGUUGGUUUUUUUUUUUUUUUUUUGUACUUUUCUGGUUCCAAACCAGUUUUUCUGUGGUUCUAUAAUGAGUUUUGAUAUAAUCUUGGCUUCUUAAAAAAAACUGUGUAUCAUUAAAAUAUAUGUUCUGCAAGAAUUAAAACUGAGUCCAUGAAAAUAUCAUAGGAAGACAUAAAACUUUAGAAGGCAACUCAGAGAUGACGGAAAUGCACUUACAAGUGGUGGCCAAAUUUUUUUAGGUGAAGUUGAGCACUCCAAUUAGCGAGCUGGAGGGGAUCACAUGCAACACAGCUUCCCCUACCCCCUCCCCAGACCAAGACAAACCUAGCUUUUUAAACAUAUUUUAAGAAAGAGAAGGAACUGUGGAAUUUAUUGGCAGCCAAGGAAUGUGUCCAAGACACAACCUGAGGUUUUGAAUAAAAAGUGAACUUUUGUAAUUUGAAUUGGGUCCCCCCCCCUUAGUUCUUGAAUUGUUAUGAAUCCUAUAUCUGUUUGUAUAUUUGCAAGCCCUUUGUAUUAUAAUUGUUGAUAUUUCCCCUUUUUAAAAAAUACCAUUGAAAUCAGCAUGACAAAAUAACACUGUUGGCACUUAUAGGUAACGUGAUUGAUUCAGUAUCUUAGAGUUUACAGUUUGUGUUUUUAAAAAAACUGAAGGUUUUUUUUUUAAGUGCAACAUUUCUGUAUACUGUAAAAGUUAUAAUAACUGAACUGUUUGGUCGAGUCUUUGUGUGUUAUAUUCCAAGGAAAAUUGAAAGUAUUCAGAAAUUAAAAUAUUAUUUGAUAUCUGAAACCUGCUUGGCUGUCCCCACUCACUGUCUUUCCAUCAAGUUGAGCCCCUGUGAGUCCUCGCUGAGCCAGCGGGGCCCCAUUUGUUUACUCCCCUCAAUCAGUUUGUUCAAAGGUAGACUAGUGUAUUUGCCUGUUUAAUUUGGGUGUGUGUGGGGGGAGCCGAAGUUAAUGGUUUAUCUAUGGUUUAGGAAGUGCCACACUGAUAUAGUAAGCCACCCCCAUUCACCUAAUCCUCCUUUUAAUUAAAAAUGGAUUUUCCAGGAAAAAAAAAGAGGCCCUUAUAUUUGUCACACUUAAGUGCCUGCUUAGGGAAGGUAUUGUGAGAAGUAUUAGAAAUCUUGAGAUCAGUAUCUAUUUUAUGAUCAGAAAAAAAAUGCUCUUUUGUACAUUUCUGACAGUUAUGCAGAGGAUUGUUCAAGCAAGCUAAUCACAGCACUGUAAAUAGAGGGCAGUUGUUCUCAGUGAGUUUUUCCUUUAGUAAGUGUGAUUUUUUAAAAAAAAUAUUCUGUGGUUCUCAUCUAGCGUGGCUGUUGAGAGGAUUUUGAAUACAGUGAUGUAGCUGCUAGCGAUGAAGGGUCUGUUUUUCAUGUAUAUAUGAUAACUUGCAGUUGGCCUGUUUUCCCCUCCCCCUCCCUCUUCAGUCGGUGAGAGCAUGACCACAGGUCAAGGGAAUCUUUUCCAUUGGAGUUCUGUACAUAAAAACCCAUGGACAUUUGGACAUUUCAGAUUGUAUAAGUACAAUCUGCACUGCUCUUGGGAUCCUUCAUUCUUGGAAGCCAGUUUUUUAAAGGAGAGAGAGAGGGAGAGAGAGAGAGAGAGAGAGAGAGAGAGAGAGAGAGAGAGAGAGAGAGAGAGAGAGAGAGAGAAUAUAAAAAAAAACUUUACAGGGUGUGCUGACUGAUCUGGAAAGUCUACUAUAUGUUUCAGUCCCUUAUUCUCCUUUCCUGGUUUGGAAAAACUCAGUGCUGGGAGCCUACAAUUUGUUCUUAUUUAGACUUUCCGAGCUCCCCUCCCUGACAAUGCUUUUACCAUGUUGUGGUUUAAUCUGAAAAUGAGGGAGGGGCUGAUGAAAGAGGUGGAAGGAAAGGGAUCAUUUUGCAAAGUGCAUGAAACUUUGAUGCUCAGUUCUGGUUCAUACACACAGACCUGAAAACUCCGCCUCAUUUAGGCAGAUCUCUCCCUCUGACCCUCACCUUCAUCUCUCUGUACAUAUCUAUAAAUAUGAAGUAUGUUUUACAGCACAGCAUCUGACCUUUAGAAGGAGGUUUUGUUGGUGGUUUUAUUUCCCCCCCCUUGCAAGUGCUAUCCAUGUGAGUGUGAAGUUUUCUCUACUAAGUAAAACAUAGGCCCUUUUCCUUGUUUGUUUUGUGUUAGUUUAUUGUAAACAGCCAUUUGUUGUAAAUUAU